AUGAAGCUCAUCCUUUCUCUGACUCUCAUCUGGACUCUCUGCAGUACAGCUGGAGCCCUUCAGUGUCAAAACUGCACAGAUUCAACGUGUUCAACCACAGUAUCGGUAACAUGUCCCACAGGGAUGAUGUGUGUAACAGCUUCCAUUCAAGCCACUUUAAAUGGAAACCAACAAAAUCAAAUCUUCAAGUCAUGUGCGUUACCCUCCCUGUGUCCAUCCACCGGCCCUCAGACAUUCUCAGCUAACUUGCUUCCUGCAAGUGUACUUGCAUCUGCUGAGUGCUGCAACACAGAUGACUGCAACGCACCAACUCAGCCUGCCGCACCAACAACAGCUGCACCAACCACAGUUUCCACAACUACAGCAUCUUCCAGUGAUGCAUGUUGUGUCAAACUGGGUAUGAUCCAUCUGUUUCUUGGACUUCUUAUCUUCACAAUCUAUUAGUACACAGAUAAAGCUGCAACAAAGCACCUGUGAAGCAACCAGAAAGAUUCAUAAAGGAUCUUUUGAAACUUGAACUUGAGUUUACUACUCGAUGCCAUCUCUAGCUUGCAGUUAGAGGCAAUGAAGUUCAUAAUUAAGAGGGAGAGGAUGGAAUCUGGAUGAUGCUGAGGUGGGAAAAUUAACUGAUAAUGACAGCGAUGUGUGCUAGCUGUAAACACUUCAUCAGUGUUUUGCAGAAUACUUUGACAUCAUGGCAAUUAAUGUGUACCAAUGUGACAUUAUAUUUAUUGCUAUUUAUUUCUAUUUGUGUGUUUAAAUGUAUUUAUUCAUGUGUGUUCUUCA